AUGCAAAAUUCAUAUCUGUUUUUUUGCCUCAUGGGGCAGAUUAAGUAUCCUACUGGAAUUGUCUUCCAUCAGCUGGUAUCUUUGGAGCUAUUUACAAGCAACGGAUAUAAUCUUCUUCCACUCAUGCUAGAUAGUUCUCCUAAACUGCAAAUCCUCAAGCUCACUGACCCAUCUACGUUUGCCUAUUGUUCUUUAAAGUGGGGAUGGAGACAACCAAAAUGUGUACCGGAAUGUUUGUUGUUCCAUCUUGAGACAUUCGUGUGGACAAGAUACGAAUGGCGACUAAAAGAUGACAAACAAGUGGCACUAUACAUCCUUAACAAUGCGAGACGUUUGAAGAAAGCAACUCUCACCACAAAAACUAUCGAUAUUACAGAGCUCAAGAAGUUGGAGAAGAGACGUGAGAUGCUCAACCAGUUGGCUAGCGAGGUCAAGUCUCCAAGUUCAUGUCAGCUCGUGUUCGAAUAUGCUACGUUCCCUAGAUCUCCUACAAUGUGA